UCAAAUCGUGCCACUAAGUAAAGAACUCCGAAGCAGAAAACGAGACCGGUAAAAAUGUCGAGCAUUUGCAGAACCAAACCGGUCGAGGGCCUUAGACUCCUGAACCGGGUUCUAACCACAUCGACGCCGUAUAUCCACCGGUCGGACCGUUCCAUCGCCACCGUAGCUUUCGAAGAAGUCCGAUCUUCGCCGGAAAAACCUUACGAUUUCACAGCUUUUAUAUUCCACGGCCUCUUAGGUUCCAGUCGAAAUUGGCGAUCCUUCUCUCGUUCUCUUGCUUCCUCCCUUUCUGCAGAUGGUGUAAAUUGGAGGAUGAUUCUUGUGGAUUUGCGGAAUCAUGGGAAUUCAGCUAAAAUUGAAGGCUUUGUGCCACCACAUGAUAUGGAAAAUGCUGCAAAAGAUGUAGCUAAUUUGGUGAAUUCAAAAGGUUGGGAUUGGCCUGAUGUUGUUAUAGGGCAUUCCAUGGGUGGUAAAGUCGCCUUGCAGUAUGUUGAGAGCUGCUCUCGAGGUGUUUAUGGCCAAUCGGCUCGAUUGCCCAAGCAGCUCUGGGUAUUGGAUUCUGUCCCUGGAAAGGUGAACCCUGAAGAUAGCAAUAGAGAGGUAGAGAAAGUUAUGCAGACGCUGCAGAGCCUACCUUCAUCAAUCCCAUCUCGAAAAUGGCUGGUAGAUCACAUGUUGAAACUCGGGUUUUCUAAGGCAUUAUCAGAAUGGCUGGGCAGCAAUCUUGAGAAAUCAGGGGAUAGCAUGACAUGGAACUUUAAUAUUGAAGCUGCUGCAGAAAUGUUUGAUUCUUACAGGGAGAAAGAUUAUUGGCCUUUGCUGGAGCACCCGCCUAAAGGGACAGAGAUAGCGAUUGUGCGUGCUGAGAAAAGUGAUAGGUGGGAUCCAGAGACUGUCCAGAAACUCGAAAGCAUUGCCUCCAACGGAACUGGUGGAUCUGAAGGCAAGAUGUCGUAUCAUCUCCUUCCCAACUCCGGUCAUUGGGUUCAUGUCGAAAAUCCAAAGGGUCUUCUUGAAAUUAUAACUCCCAAAUUAGCUUCUAUUGUUUAGCAAGUUUCUUUUCUGGUUUCAAAGGGUCCUAAUUUAAACAUUCUCACGA